AUGAUGGGACUGUCUGUUUUCACAAUCGCAAGACGUUUUUCAAGCAAUGCAUUUGCUAAUAAUGAAGAUUUAGCUUUAGGUGGUCCAAAAGCAACAUUAACAUUGGCAGAUCCGGACGUUGAACGAGUAAGACGCAAUCAUUUAAACGAUCUCGAGAACAUUGUUCCAUUUGUCUUGGUUGGAUUUUUUUAUGUGGCUACGAAUCCAGAUUCAAAUGUGGCAUUAUGGCAUUUUAGAGUAUUUUUUGCAUCUCGUCUAUUACAUACAAUUUCUUACCAGGUACCAUUCCCGCAACCAACUCGUGUAUUACUGUGGGGUGCUGGAUUUGCCGCUACAAUCUCGAUGGCUGUUCAUGUUUUACAAGCAAUAACAUUAAAAUAA